UAAAAGAGCCUGGGUACGAGAUUUUCGUGUAUGACGUCAUCAAUUAGCUGGAACCGAUCACGAGUGUGAACCAUAAACCGUCUUGAAGAUCCUCUUUUUGAAGGCGGAGAGAGUUAAAUUAACACUCUCGCCAUGGGGCGAUCUGCCCUUUGGCUGGUACUAGCUGUAUGCUUCGUUCUCUCUUCUGCUGGUCCGAUACCAAGAAAUUUUGGAAAGCUCUCCGAUGAUAAAGAAAUGAUUCUCGAGAACCCCGGGAAAGACUUUUCCAGUGGCGAUGCAUGGGAGGAUCUUGAAGAACCUUUGAUCAUGGACGAGACUGAAGUAUUCGACCCAGAUAACUACGGAGAAUUUUCAUCUGGUUUUGGGAGCACGGCGGGAGGCUCAGUGAACUUUGAAGGAUCCCCUAAUUUCUAUGACGACGAAGAUGACUACUCCCUGGACAUUCUCCGCAAAGUUCCUCUACAAGACAACCUUGUAACUAAGACAUUCGGCCCGUACCCUGAAUCACACAUCUCGAGCGCUGUGGAUAGUGAGGAUGAUAGUGAUACAGAUGAUGAUGAUUUAGAGAUUGGCAGAUCACAAAUCGUUGAUGCAGACGAAGGUAUAAAUCGAGCUCGUCGCUCAAUGCGACAUCCAUCGCGUAUUAGCCCGAGCUACAAACGAAGUCACGUCGAACAGAUCCGUUUGCCUUCGUCAAAGAACGAAAAGAAAUCGACAAACAAACAAGAUCGUACAUCUCAUGUUCGUUCAUCAAAGAACCCGAUAACUAUUCAACAACAAUCUAGAGCUAAAGAAAGUGCUCUAGUGAGAAAUCAAGUCAAGUUUGGCAAAACGAAAGAUGAGCAGAAUCCUGAAAGCUUUGAAAAUGAUUACGUGAAAAAAGCACCAAGCCAAGUUCCUCAAGUCUUGGAAUCACAGAAUCUGCCGAAAGACAGAAAAGUCCAGCCCACCCACCUUCUAAGCACAAGGGAGCGUGAUAAAACAGACCGGGUGCGCCCAACGAUUCGAACACCAAUGAAAAGCCACCCUAAGGUCGCAGACGACUUUUAUAUUUUCCCUGAGGUCACUGUUUUAGAAGACGUCAUACCUGAUACUGCUGACAAGCCCAACAAACCUCUUGAGCGCUUGCUACCUAGCACUUCUGUUAGGGGGAAAGAAAAGACAAUCGAGGAAAUGUCAAAGUCAGAUAGUGGGGAGCAAACGGAUCACAGUGAUGUCAUUUCUGAAGGAGUAAGUCUGCCAAAUUUACCAUCCGAGAAUAAGAAGAUCACUUCUAGUGCUGUUAACACUGAUUUAAUCGAUUCUGAUGCCAACGUUAAAGAAAGACUAGUGGGGAAAUCGCCGAAAGACGACGAUCAAGAAAUAAUGGCUGGCGACACCGAGCCUGUCGACGACUUGUCCCAACUAAGCCCAGAGAAUCGGGACGACAUUGAACAAGAUCGUGACGACGUCCUGUCUGAUUAUAAUACCGCAAUAAACUUUGGGUCCGAUAAUGUUGACGACGACUUUAACGACAAAUCUGAGUGGGAUAUUGUCAAGAGUAGCGGAGAAAAUUUCAAGUCUGACAAAUCUGAAGAAGAUUCCGUACCCGAUGACGUGGAUGGUGAUUUUUUUGGUUCAACUGAUAUUGACGAUGGUGUCGAAUCCAAUAAUGCAGACGACUUUAUGCCUGACGAUAUUGAUGACGAAUUGAAUUACGAUCCUAUUAACUCUGAUGUCGACUCAAAUGUCGACGACGAUUUUGAUCCUGAGAAUAAAGAUGAUUUCUACCGAGAAGAUCUAGAAGAACUAGACAUUAACUAAGCGAUGUUUCCUCUUUUCCUUGAAGACAAGCCCCUCGUGUUAAUGAUGAAGAAACUCUGGAAUACAUGCCUUACUUAAUCCAGCCAUCAUUUAUCUCCUUCCAAACGUACUUAACUAAUAGAUUUCACAAAUAAACUAUUUAUUAACUCAG